AUGAAUGAAGACGUCCCCCUGGCGGCUCUCCUGAUGCCGAUCCUGGUGAAACCGAUACUCGAAAAGCUCGAACGUAAGGAAAACGCAGCAGCUCAGAUACUCCAGUCAUCCCUGGAGAAAACGGAGAAAAACUCGCCCGGAUUCCUCUUGGAACUGGUACGGGUUCUCCUCCACAAAACUCAGUGUGAAGAUCAGAUCAAUCUCACGGAAACAAUUCUGAGACUACAGGGUGCCUUGGCGGAUUCUGAACCGGAGCUCAGAGUGAAUAGAUCCGAAGAAAUCUACCUUGAACUAAAUCGGAGGAGUAUAUAUCUGAAGAAGGUUCUGUCGCGCGUUCCAGAGCAAAUCCGGGACCGCCCGAGCUUCCUCGAUACUAUCAAAGAUAUCGCGUCUGCGAUAAAAAAACUUCUGGAUGCCGUCAACGGCAUCACCAUGAGUGCGCCUCACAGGAAGCACGCUCUCGAGCAGAGACGUCGAGAGUUCGUGAAGUACUCGAAACGUUUCUCAAACACCUUGAAGGAGUAUUUCAAAGAAGGAGAAGUUGAACCUGUUUACGUAUCCGGACUCUGCUUGAUAUAUCAAACAAACCUGGUUGUACAAUGCACCAAGAGGGAUUUCGAGCGUCCUUCUGUGAACGGAAAUUCCAGCUCGUUGCGGAAUUAGGCCGCGCGGGAGCUACCGGACGGCUGCAUCGUGAUGAGCUGUUCUUCAAGUACAAAUAUGUAUAUCCUGCAUAUUGGGAUGUACGCCUUCAAUAGAUAUAUUCGAAUGAGCAGCGCGCGGCUUCGAAUCGACUAUCGAUUCGAAUAUCCGGCUCGUUCCCCGGCCCCGCGGAACAAUCGCCCGAAAUGAGGUAGACGCCGCUUCUACAGAUUUUUCUGAUCGAUCACAGAGGGAUGCGCAGAAUUUCGAGUAGCGAGUAGCUGUCAUUUGUUGUUAAUUAUUUCACCGACGGCCCUGAUCGAGGAUAGAUUCGCCCGAAUAGCGUUCCGAGUCAGUGGAGUUGAAUAAAAGAGUUGAAGCA